CACUGCAUGACCUCCCUGACCUCCCUAUGGGACUUGCAGGCAAUGGCUGACUUCAAGAUGGACAACACAGCUGGCAUCUACAUGGACUACUACACCUGCCCAGAACUCCAAGGAUUCACUGGAGUCAUCAAGAGCCAUUCUGAGGACUUUAUAGUGACAGAAGUGGAUGGAUCUGGGCAGUUGGUGUGUCUCACUUCAUGUCAGAUACCCCCUCCUCCUGUAGUGGGUGUGGCCAAGGAGCUCAAGUCACGCCCCCUUCUCUCGUCUGUACCCCCAUUGGAGGAACUCGUGAGCGAGGAAACGGUGAAACUGUUGCAGAGUCUAGCGGAGAAAACGAGGACUCUGGGACAGCCUGUCAUUGAUCCAGUCAAACUAGGUUGUUAUGAGGAGAAAGAGGUCAGAGGUCAUCUGCACAUAGCCGUGAGGUCAAAAUUCCCCGUCCUAAAGACCACCACUGAGAAAGACGCCCAAGGUGGUGUCUGUGUGUGUGCUCUGGGUGACCCCAAAUACCCCCGGCUAACAGAGGUCAUGACCCCUGAGGACUCUGAGGGACUUUUGACCUUUGUCAACACGUCCCCCAAGGACGAAACCCACACGCUAACAGGCGACUACACCAGAGAUCAGAGAACAAAGAUUCACCUUCGGCUACACGAGACAUUUGGAGCGCUACUCUCCACACACACUCUCACAGAGCAAGAGAGGAAACGCAAGCUCAGCAGAAAUCAGACCACACCCCCUCCCGGCUCACAUAUCUCCGUCCGAUUCCGUGUCAAGAAACGAGCAACUGAAGGAAGCUUUGUCACCAAGUUUGUGCUCAGGAAGAGAAACAUUGAGACUCUGGCAGCCAUUGAGCUACUCUCUGGAGUAUUGGAUUGUCAACCAUCACAGUUCUCCUGUGCUGGUAUUAAGGACAAGAAGGCAGUCACCACACAACACAUGAGUGUCACUGAUGUAUCAGCUGAUAGAUUAUCUGCCGCUAACGAUCAUCCUGACGUGGCUGGUUUCCUAGAGACGGGUGACUACGCAUACUGCCACGCCUCCAUUCAAACGGGAGAUCAUAGCGGCAAUCACUUCACUAUUGUCGUACGAGAUGUAACCGUGGACGACGAGGUGGUUGCCAUGGCAGUGAGGGGUGUGGGCGAGAGAGGAUUUGUGAACUACUUUGGCCCUCAACGUUUUGGAGGAGGUACCUCGAGCGCACGUGUAGCCCUUGCCAUGCUGAGGGGGGAACAUAGGAGUGCAGUUGACCUCAUCUUGACCUCUACGACCUCUGAGCAGGGAGAGGCGGCCGAGGCUAGAGAUUACUAUGUAACCACUGGCGACGUGGCCGGCACACUCGAGAAAAUGCCGUUGUACAAAACGAGGGAAAGAUACGUUCUCAAGGCUCUACAUCGCCAUGGGAACUCGGACUACGGCUGUGUGUGUGCUCUCAACAGUAUCCCGUAUACCUGGCGUAAGCUCUACCUCCAUGGACUGAGUAGUUUAUUGUGGAAUUAUCUGGCUAGUUGGCGACUGACAGAGUACGGGCUACAGCCGGUGGAGGGUGACCUAGUCAUGGGACCAACAUCAGCUGACAAGCCGAGUGUGUGUGUACUCUCAUUGGAUGAAGUGGACCGAUACACUAUUAGUGACGUCGUGUUACCGUGUGUGGGUACAAGCUCCACCCUCCCCGCUAACAAGGUGGGGGGUCGUCUCACAGAGAUCAUGGCUGCACUGGGGGUCUCACUGGCUUCAUUCAGGAUGCCACGACUUGGCCUCAACUCCAGUGGAGCAUACCGCAAACUAAUGGCCUAUCCGAAGCAGUUGUCAUGGAGACGGUGUGAGCGCCCCCUCCCAGUUCCCGGGCCCACAGCUAUUGACUGUGGUACUAGUGAGGGCAAGAGCAGCGGUGGAUCAGAGCUAGCUGAUGCAGGGAAGAGCAGCGGUGGAUCAGAGCUAGCUGAUGGAGGCAAGAGCAGCGGUGGAUCAGAGCUAGCUGAUGGAGGCAAGAGUGUUGAACUGAGCUUCUCUCUAAGCAAGGCUACCUACGCUACUGUACUGCUCAGAGAACUGAUGAAAACUAGCACCUAACUCUGUUAUUGUAGAAUGCCAUCAAAUUGAUCACGACGUAUGAAAAAUAUCGAUAGCUUUCAUAAUGCUGCAGUACUAUGAUUACGAGGAAAUUUAUUUAAAUCUGUAACAUAUG